AUGGAUGAUAAAUUAAAACAAGUUAUUGAAGUUGUUCGCUAUAUAACUGAUAAUCCAAAUUAUAUCGUUGAAGGGUGUUGGUUUUGUCAGCAUUGGAAAUGCAAACAUCGAUUACAAUGUUCAAACGUAGAAGAAUGUAAGAACAACUGUCCACAUGAACCACAAUGUCAAUCUGAAAUGCAAUGUCUAUCCAAAUGGACAUGCAAACAUGAACCUGAAUGUAAUAACAGAGCACAAUGUCAAAAAAGAUGGAUUUGUCGACACAAUCCUGUAUGUCAAAGUAAAUGGCAUUGCAGAAAAAAUUGGAGGUGCUUACAUCAGAUACGAUGUCGAGACUUAUGGGAAUGUAAGUACAGAUGGGCUGAAGAAUACGAACCAUAUUGUCAAGGCGAAUGGCAAUGCUAUCAUAUUAAGAAAUGUCAAACAAAAUUAGAAUGUCAAAAAAGACCACCUCAUGAAAGAUGGAAAUGCCCACACAAUCCCGAAUGUUAUAACAAAUGGAAAUGUCAAAACAAAUGGCAAUGUCAACACAAGGAGGAAUGUGACAUGUCGAAUCCUAAUUUGAAAUGGAGAUGCCAAGCUAAAUGUCAGCACAAAUGCAAAACUGAAAAAAAAUGUAAAGAAAAAUCGCAAGCAAUAUCUCAACAGCUUGAGCACCAGUAUAAAGAUGAAUGGAAAUGUCGACACCAGUGCGAAAAUUUAAUGGAAUGCUCAAGAAAAUGGGAAUGCCCACAUGAAUCUAGAUACAUAAGCAUUAAUAAAUGUAAAGAUCAAUGGAAAUGUAGAACUAGAUUGUGGCAUUGCCAACAUACGCCACCAUGUAUAAGUCAGUGUCAAGAAAAAUGGGAUGGUGAAAAUGAAUGGAACUGUAAGCAUGAUGUAGAAUGCCAAAGUAAUUGGCAGUGUUUAAGUGAUCCCGAGUAUAGAAACAAAUGGCAGUGUCAAAACAAAUUAACGUUAAGUUACAAUCAAGAUGAACUUAAAGCAUGUUUAAAGAAAGUUCAUCAGCCUAACCAAUUAUAUAGUCUUUUCACUCAGCAGUGUAAUGAAUGCGGGAAAAAAAGUCUAAUUUCGAGUUUUUUGCUUUAUACAAGGCCGCAAAAAACCCUAAAGAGUGAAAUCGUUUGUCAUUUAGUAUGGGCCAAAGCUAAAGGGGAUGUGUUUUACAGAGUAUUUGGUAGGUGGAGCUGCAAUGAAAAUGAAGAUCACGUUUGGGACAGCUCCUAUACUUGGGUAUCACUUCAAAAGUUUGUAGAUAACUCUCUGACAGGCUAUCAAGCACAAAACUUUUCGACAAAUAUCCAGAGGGUUAAUUUUCGAAAAACUCAGACGGCUACCAAGAAGUAUAACUUUCAAAAUGCUCAAAAUGGCCUCCGGAGAAAUGAUUAUGCUAUGAUUAAAUGCCAUCUAUGCUGGAAAAGCGCAUCAAUUGUAAGUUGGAAACGUAUAGUAGGAUCAAAGGAUGCACCUCUUCACGACAGGGAGCUGUGUGAAAAGUGUAGAAGUGGUAAUGUUUGCGUUCAAAAAGACUCUUACUUUG